CAACACUUGCAAAACUGCGUCUUGCAUACUUUUGGAAAAUUUCCUUUGAAAUUAUAGCUUUUAUUUGUAAAAGGUGUUGCGACAGUUGCGUCGUUUGGAAUUACACUUAAUAUCAUUCUUACAUUUCAAUAGCGCAAGAAAACCAAAUGGCCUGGCAACCUUCCACUAACUUCGAAGAUGAUCUCGUUGAUCUGCAACCAGAUUAUAACUUAGUCUAUGGUCAGAUGGCCUUCGAAGAAAAACUGCAGGAGAAGUUUUUGCCUCGCCCAAAAUCACAUUACGACUACCUGGCUGAACGGGAGAAGCGCAAUGAGGAGCUGGAGAAAGUGUAUGGUUCAAUUGGAUCAAAGUCAAAAGAAAUACGCGAGAGCUUAGAAAUGAUGGAGCGCAUACAAAAAAUUGCAGGGACAAAGCCUUUAGGAGAACACGCCACCUUAACCGAUUGGAAUGACGAAAGUACCAUAGAGCAAGAAGCCGUUGCCAUGAUGCGUCAUUUUGGCAUGAUGUCCAUGGCACAGGGUAGGCUCAAACCAAAAGUUGAUGACGAACCAGUAACGGAGGAUGUUACCAUAAUGCACAGUGGGCGGCAUAAGUUUCCCUACCUAAGGGAUCCAAAGUUCUUUGAACCGCGUAAACCUGAUGCGAACGAUUCAAACAGUUCUUACCUAGACUUAACCGGCAGUUCAACAAGCAGUAUUAAAUAUAUCGAGUGGAGUAGCGGUUCACACUCUGAUGAAAAAAACAAUUCAAGAAACAGCAGUCAAUAUAAUACAGGCAAGUCCAUUUUGGAUACUUCUGGGAAAGUGCAGCAUGGAUACAGAAAACACUACCCCAAGAAGCAUCUCCAUAGUUUUAAUGAUUCAGCUUCAUUUAAAAGCUGCAACUCGCCAACCAGUAGCAGUAUCAGUAAUGCUAGCGAUGGUGAGAUACCCUAUGUGGCGUUCAAUAACGCCGUUGAAGUCAAGGAAUCUUCGCAGACACGUGCUCUUGAAAGGAAGGGAAGAAAAUAGCAGCAGCGGCACGCAAUGUUAUGAAAGAAGAACUGAAGCCUUUAACCAUACGUACAAUUUACGAAUGCAAUCUGCAGAUUUGCUACAUAUUUUAUUGGUACAUUAUUUUGUAUUCCAUUAUCAAAGAAUAUACAUUUGAGUAGGAUAAAAAGAAAA